AUGUGAGGCACUGUGUACCCGCUUAGCAAUUAUGGUUAAUGGAUCCUUCAAGUGUUUGGGAACCAUUCAGCAUCUUAAGUACAAGUUUGGUGAUGGCUACGUGGUGACCAUGAAGAUCAGGGCAGCCAAGCCCGGGUGUGCUCCAGAUCUGAACGCUGCCGAAGCCUUCAUGGAGAGCACCUUCCCCGGCUGCAUCCAGAGUGAGAAACACUGCAACACUCUACAGUACAAGAUCUCCUCCUCCUCCCUGGGGAGGAUCUUUCAAAUGGUCCUGGCUAACAAAGACGAGCUCAAGAUAGAGGACUACUCGGUGUCACAGACCACUCUUGACCAGGUUUUUGUGAAUUUCGCCAAGCAACAGUCAAGAGAGGACGACAUCAUUGCGUUGCAUCCAAAAGCUGCCGGAGCACAGCGAUAUAUUGAAGCCACGCCCUUCAAGUCUUUGGAGAAGUGAACUUAUCUCACUGAGCACAAUUGGAAGACUUUCUUUGGUUUUCAUUUCCUCUUAGAAGCCGCUGUGUCUAAAGAAUGCGCCCUAUGUAUGUGUGCUUCAAGGACUAAAAGUUAAGUAGAGGAUUCUCUGUCAUCAUGAGGUCCUGCCUAGAGUCAAGCGACUGGUGCAUGAUCAGUUUGGGGAACACAGAAGAUGAAUCGCUUUUCCUUUGGAAGGGGUCUUUGUGGAUCUACUGUGCGGUGUUAAGAUCUGAAAUGCAGUCUGUGAAUGAGGCAGCCCUGUAAAUGGGACAUGACACGUGUCCUGUUUGACCGAUGAUCCGACACGUGGCAAUACUUUGCUUUUCCAGUAAAUGGGGUUAGUGGGCUUUGAAUUUGGAAAGUGUGGAGCAUUUAUGUACCUGCUAUAUGUUCCACGUUCUGCUCACCUUGUAGGCCUUGCAGACUAAAUGAAACGGCUUGAGAUUUAUGAGCAGCACCAUGACUUUGAUUGAUGACAUGUCAAAAAAAGUUAUAUAUCGGGUUUUAAUGGGA